CUGUCAUAUGGGAGUAACGUGACAGGAGAGCUCUUCUUUUUCUGUUAUUUUCCUUAAACAUGUUUCUUAAGAGCUUAAGUUAUCGGUCAGUCAGUGCUGUAACUGUGAAAAAUUAAAUAGAUUUUGUUUCAUACAUAUCUUACUUAGUAGGCUAAUAAUUGAACAGUAUUUGGCAUGUUAGAUUAGUCCAAGACCUCCACAGGGAGAGAAGCAGCAGUAUGAGUAUACGAGCACUAUGGAUUGUCUCAAACGAAAAGGGUGAAUCUGGAAAAGUGCGGUUUUCCAGGCGAUUCCCCACAGUUGAGUUUCGUGCUAAAUCCUUGGCUGGAUCUCAGUAUGUGGCCGUUCCGGAGGACCGAGUCAUUCCUCAGCUACUGUUGACAGAGUUGGGCCUGGUGGAUGCUGACAAACCUUACGUAGAUACACGGGAUGACUGUGCCCGUCAGCACCGUUCAUCGGCUGUGGAACUCCUUAUCAAUGGACAGGGUGGGAGAACCCUCUGGCCUGUGCUCACAGUCACUCAGGGAACGCUAAUCCUAGCCUGUCUUCCUCUUGUGGAGGCUCCCCCUGAGCCGCGGCCACCUCUCCCCAGCCUGGCCUCAGUUUCUCAGGGCUUAGCUUUUUUGUCCGGCCUACAGGAUUUCCUCUGUGGGUCUGGAGGUAAACCAGAGGCUGAUGUGUUGGCCUCCCGCUUGGCGGCCCUUCCAUCGGUACUCCUGCAGAUUUGCCCUUUGGGGAGGCCACUGGACACCCCUCCUACAUCUGGAUUGGUGCCUUCUGCUGUAGCUCCAAGCCCUGGAGGGGCUCAGAAACAACCAGCCUGGAAGGCAGGGGUCCAUCGAGGAAGGGCGGUCGUAAGUGUUGCCCUUACUGAGAAGGUGAGGUCCAUGCAGUACGGCAAGAGUAGUCGACAGGAUAUCUGGGAUGUCUACGGCAUGGUCAUGUGUAAGUGUGAGGUUGAAGGCGUUCUACCCAAUGUGACCGUCACCCUCACACUCCCUCCCAAUGGGUCACCACUGCAGGACAUUCUUGUCCAUCCCUGUGUGACAUCUCUGGAUGCAAGCAUUCUCACCGCCUGCAGUGUGGACGAAAAUGACGGUUCUGCCUUUUCAGGACCAUACAAGUUCCCUUUCUCACCACCUCUGGAGCUUUUCAGACUCUGCAGUUACACCUCACAGGUGCCUGUGCCUCCAAUUCUUGGCUCCUACCAGCUGAAGGCAGAGGAGAAUCAAGUGAAGGUUAAUGUUGUCCUGAAGCUUCAUGAAAGUGUCAAAAACAGCUUUGAGUACUGUGAGGCACACAUUCCAUUCUUCAACCAGAAUCUAAUGGGCAGUGUGGAGGUCAAAGUGAGCUCAGGACAGCUUGAGGUGUCCAAAGAAAAGAACCUACUGGUUUGGGUUUUAGGUCAGAAGUUUCCAAAGUCUCGUGAAGCAACUCUGGAGGGGUCUGUUCAUUUUUCAGGGACUGUUGCAGGACCAACAGACCCUCUUUGCACAGGACUCACUGCCUAUGUAAAACUUUAUUUCCGAGUGCCAGAUUUGACUUUGUCUGGCUGUUGUGUGGACCAACACUCAGUGCAGGUUUACUCAUCCGCUAAACCACGGAUUGUUACAACCCGAGAGCUGGUCUCCUCAGAAUAUUACAUUUGGAACUCCACAGGCGAUGCUCCUGUCUCUUCUGGACUCACUGUUCUGUGACAUGAGAAUAUUCUAAUAAAUUACUGCAGGUAUUAAACAAGAA